AUGCUGCCCGCAGAGGACCUGAGCAAAGACUUUGUUGACGACGAUCUCCUCUCGUGCUUUCUGUGGGCGGCGGGAGAGAACGCCGUCGCGCAGCCCGGAUGGGAGAGCCCCAGCGUGAAUCCUCUCAAGGGCAUCCCCCUGCCGCCCGCGAUGCCGCCGCUGCCGCCUCCGGACGUCGGGCCGUCAGCAACAACCGGAGGGUCCCGGGCAGCCCGAGCAGCGGCUGAUGACGAGGACGACGGUGAGGAGGAGGAUUUGCGCGGCGGGAAUCCCAACCUGUCGAAGGAGCAGAAGCUGACGCAGCGCAUGCAGCGCAAGGCCGAGUCAGCACGCGUCGCGCGGCUGCGGAAGAAGGAGUACGUCGGCGAGCUCUCCGGCCAAAAGGACUCGAUCCAGUCCGACCGCGAGCUCAAGGGCAAAAUCUCGAGCCUGAUCCAGGAGCUGCGGAGACACGUGGGGCAGCACAUCUCGUCGUCGCAGAGCAUCACCGACGGGCUCCGCCGGAUCCUCACGCCACACCAAGCCAAGUUUCUGGUGUGGGUAGAGCGGAACCAGCGCUCGAUGGACAUGCUCAACACGAUGUUCUCGGAGGACGUCGAGUGACCACGUGCAUCCCUUUGCCACGCUGCGCGUGCACACUAUGCCGCCGCUGGUCGCCAAGGGCACGGGACGCCCGCAGGGCUGAUGGUGCGCUUUAGGACUCGUGCCCCUCGCGCUCUUCUCUCGGACGGGAUGAACGACCCUCCAGCUUCGCCGGAUGAUCGCGUGCAUGUAAUGUAUGCAGUAUGGACAGCAGCUCAGCAGCUAGUGUGGUACUUACGGGCUCUGUCUCCGUCUGGUCGUGGGUAAUGUGGCUCUUUGCGCACGCCGCACAAGGAGCGUCGAUUUCACAUUACCCACGACCAUUCGCGUCCCGUGCUCCUCUCGCGCGGUACAUUGUCCGGCCCUCUGUCGCUCUGGCACACCGAUACAAUUUUCAAAUGACAGUAGUCA